ACAAGAUGGCGGUCUUCUACUACUUGUCGCCUGGAGUUCUCCGUGGAUUUGGUCGUUAUAAGUAUAGUGCCAUAGACACCAGUCCUGUGAGCAACUACAUUACCCAUCCCUUCUGGAAUUGGGUGGUUGAGUUUGUUCCAAGAUGGAUUGCUCCAAAUGUGCUCACAUUAAUGGGCUUCCUGCUUCUGUUGGUCAACUUCUCCCUCACCACCUACUAUGACCCUCAUUUCUAUGCUGCCAGCAGAGAUCACCUGGAGAGCCCCCCGAUCCCUAACUGGGUGUGGCUUCUCUGUGCCAUCAACAACUUCCUGUCUCAUACUCUGGAUGGUAUAGAUGGCAAGCAGGCCCGCAGAACAAAAUCCAGUAGUCCUUUAGGGGAGCUCUUUGACCACGGCCUUGACAGCUGGGCCACACUCUUCUUCCCCGUGGGCAUGUACUCUGUGUUUGGCCGGGCAGAGGGAGGAGUCGGUGUGUUCAGAGUGUACUCCAUCUUAUUAGGGGUCAUGCUUUGUUUCUCCCUCUCUCACUGGGAGAAGUACAACACAGGGGUCCUCUACCUCCCUUGGGGCUAUGACAUUAGUCAAAUUGGUAUGACCAUUGUGUACCUCAUCACAUAUUUAGGCACAUAUAAAAUAUGGAAGUUUGCUCUACCAAUCAUCAACCUGCAGUCUGCAGAAGCGUUUGAAAUAUUGUGUUACGUGGGCUUCCUUGGCUUAACAAUUCCCCCAACAUUUUGGAAUAUAUAUGUGUCCUAUCGAGACAAAACAGGCAAGAUGCGUAGUUUCUACGAGGCCAUGCGUCCUCUGUUCUCCGUCAUACUGUUAUUCACCUUGAUGAUAGUCUGGGCUUUCUUUUCCAAAGCUGACAUCUUAGAAAAUCAACCUAGAUUAUUUUAUUGGGUCACAGGAACAGUGUUUUCAAAUAUAACGUGUCACCUGAUAGUGGCUCAGAUGAGUGACACUCGUUGUGAGCUGUUAAAUGUGCUGCUGGUGCCCUUGCUGAUUAUAGUCCUCGCUGUCAUCGUACUGCCUCUCCAGGCCCUGGAGUUACAGCUGCUCUGGGCAUACGCUGUUCUUACGACGACUCUUCAUGUACAUUAUGGUGUGAAUGUGGUAAAGGAGAUGUGCAGUCACUUCAGUAUAAAUGCUUUCACACUAAAAAAGGCUGAGUAGAAUGUUUUGCAAUAUCUAAAAGGACAGCAUUUUCUCAUGACCAGACCAUACUGGUCCUUGUUUUAUGUGGUAAUUUAUUGAUCUGUCCUUUAGCACUGUGUUAUGUAUUUUAAUGACAGGAUCAUGUUUGCACGUGUACAGGCAAAUUCAAGUCCGGUCCCAUGUGAUGAUUUGUUUUAUAUGUUACUGCCAGUGUAAAUGCAGACUUGAAAAGUCUGUGGAAGUGAAAUAAAUGAACCUGUCACAAACAGUGUUAAGAGUACUAUCGGACAAGCAGGUGGUGAUAGUGUUCCGUUGUACAUUUUUAAUUGAAAUAUUAAUGCCACCUUGUUGUAAGAAAGAAAAAUAAGCGACACGCUGUUUGCUUAGUCCUAAUUUUUACCUCCGAAGCUUCACUUGUUGAUCACUGAAACCUUCACAGUGAAAUAGUCUGCAAAACUCAAAAGUCUCAAAAGUCAGUCUGAAGCCUAUUGUCACUGUUGUUCACAUGUGCAUGUCUUCUUUAAGUGGUAUUUUAAAAGUUCACUUUACAUUUCCUUCUCAAGUUGCCUGUUUUCUUCAGGAGUUGAAAAUUGAAAUGUAAAUUAUUACUAGUCCGGUGAAACAUUUGAAAUUCUGCGUCAGUAUUUGUCAUGUAAAAUGUUAUACAUUUAUCCACCUAUGUUGUUUUGACUCAUUUAUUCCGAUAUAAAUUCAUGGAGCAUACCUGUAACGGUAAGCAGUUAAAAACCGUCUUGUAAGGCAAGGAAAUAUGAUAUUCUUCUUCGCAAUCCUUGUUUGUUUGGUACAAAAACUUACCUGUACAAUAGAACUAACUACCUACAAUAGUGUACAUAUAAAAUAAACAUAUAAGUAAUCAUAUUCUAUAAAGGUAUUUGAACUUGAUGUGUCUUACGGCCCAUUUAACUUACAUUUAUUUAGAAUACAUGUAGGUUCCAUAUUUCUUUAUUAUUUCCUACCAUUACCAGUGAAAAUAGAAUGUUUUUGGAGGCUUAUUAUUGGUCAAACAAUGCAAAGAUGAAGGCAUAUAUGUAAGAGUGACCUCAUGUGGCUGUAAUUGUCACUGUACAUCCAUCCUACAUGUGACAGAAAGUUCUGCUACAUAUGUGUAGCACAAUGCAGGUAUAUGUAGCAUGCAUUGCGUGAAAAAUCAUAAAAGUUAAUGUCAUACCUGUGUGGGUGUUCUGGAUUGUUCGGAGGAAUCCGUUAUCGGUAUGUACAUGUGUUACGAAUGUUGACUUUCAAUGUAUGAUUGGAAACUUCAAGUGUCUUUUGACAGUCAAUCCCUUUAUGACAGAUGUAUAUAUUUUUAUGGCACCUAAAGGACAACAGAAUGUGCAUGUAGUUAAUGACUCCCUGCAUGUAGGCUGUCUUGUCAGGAGUGAGUUAUUUGAAUAAACUACAAGUAUAUGUCUUAUUGUACAAAGGGAGGCCACUCCAAAACAUUUUCCUGUUGGUGCAGACCUCCUUUUAGGACAUGUACUUGUAUGGAUGUUUCUGACACUGGUUUGGUGUCUGUGGCAUAAUGCUUCAUUAAGGUAGCAAUAUACAUGUGAUGGCAUUUGAGUUUUGUGUCUUAAAGGCACAGUGCAGCACAUAUCUGCAGUAUUAGACUUGAGUACAGUUUUUAGAAACGAUGUCUCUACACACAAACACACACACACACACACG